GGGGGGCCGCCGCCGGUACCGCGCCCGGUGGGGGCGCGGACACCGCCGCCGUCGAUGAGAACCACCUGCCCUUUCGCCGGGGCAUCGUUCUACUAGAUGGCGGCUAUGUCGAUAAUGUCCUGCAAGUCGAUCGGCAGCAAUGAGGUUCCAACAAGAAGACUGUGGACAAUCAAGAACAUCAAGGCCUUGGAACAAGUGGUCAAGGGAUCUGGAGCACAAGUUGUGUUCUCUUCUGUCCUGCCAGUUUCAAGGAAUGAUGGGGCAAGAAAAAGGAAGAUCAUGCAGAUGAAUACCUGGCUUCAGGACUGGUGAUACCAGCUGAAUUUUGUGGAUUUUGGUCAUGGGUCAGUUGACAUGACACUGAGCCUGCUGGGAACAGAUUGGGUCCACCUGUCUCAAAGGAAGAAAAGGAUCAUGGCUCAGGAGCUAGCAGGGCUCCUUUAGAGAGUUUUAAACUAGAUAGGAAGGGGGGCAUAGACAAAACCAGGCUUGACAGAGAUAAGGUUUGGGAAGGGAAGAGCUAUAGUGACCAUUCAAGUAGCAAAAGGAGGCUUAAGAGGGAAUACCUCCAACAAAUACAAGCAGCGACUACAAGACAGGACUAUGGGGCAUCCCCUUGAACUCCCACCAGGAUAUUAACACACAUUAAAAUACCUUUAUGAAGUGCCUAUACACCAAUGCACACAGGAUGGGGAGCAAACAGGAAGAACUAGAGAUCUGUGUGCAGUCACAGGGCUUUGAUCACGUAAUUACAGAAACAUGGUCGAAUAGCUCUCAUGACUGGAAUGUUGUCAUGAAGGGCUACACACCGUUUAGGAGAGACAGAUCAGGAAGGCGCGGUGGUGAAAUUGCUCUCUCUGCGAGGCUACACUUAGAAUGUAUAGAGCUCUGUCUUGGGGUAGAUGACAAGUGGAUCAAGGGCUUAUGGGUUAGGAUAAAAGGGCAGACUAGUAAGGGUGACACUGUUGUGGGUGUGUGCUACAGGCUGCCUGAGCAGGAGGAGGAAGUGGAUGAGGACUUCUACAGGCAACUGGAAGCAGCCUCACAGUUUCAGGCCCUGGUUCUUAUGAGGGACUAGAACUACCCUGACAUCUGCUGGAGAAGCAACACAGCAAAGCACAAACAGUCCAGAAGGUUCCUGGAAAGCAUUGAUGACAACUUCCUGUCACAGGUAGUGGAGGAUCCCACAAGGAAUGGUGUGCUGCUUUACCUUAAACUAACAAACACAGAAGGACUUAUUGGAGAUGUGAAGGUUGGGGCAGCCUUGGCUCUAGUGACCAUGAGAUUGUGGAGUUCAUUAUCGGGCAAGGAGGAAGCAGGACAGCAAGUAAGAUUACAACCCUGGACUUCUUGAGAGAUAACUUGAGCUUCUUCAAGGAUCUUCUUGGAAGAAUCCCAUGGGAAAAGGCCCCACAGGGAAGAGGGGUCUGAGAGUUGGGGUUGAUAUUCAAGGAUCGCUUCCUCCAGGCUCAAGAACAAUGCAUCCUGAGGAUGAGCAAGAAAUUUGGCACAGGAGGCAAGAGACCUGCAUGGAUGAAUAAAGAACUCCUGUCAUUACUCAAGCUCAAGUAGGAAACACACAGGAGGUAGAAGCAGGGUCAGGUCACUUGGAAUGAAUAUAGAGGUUGUCAAAGAAGAAAUGAGAUGAGAAAGGCAAAGGCAUGUCUAGAAUUAAACCUGGUUAAGGGUGUCAAGGACAAGAAGAAGGGCUGUUUCAAAUACAUCAGUAAUAAAAGGAAAACAGGAUAAUGUGGGCCCAUUAGUAAAUGGAGGGGAGACCCUGGUGUAACCCUGGAGGACACAGAGAAGGCAGAGUUACUGAAUGCCUUCUUUACAUUGGUCAUCACCAAUAAGACCAGUCCUCAGGGAUCUCUGACCCAGGAGAACAGGGUACAGGUAUGCUAGAAAGGAAGAAUUGCCCUUGGUCAAGGAGGAUUUGGUCAGAGAAUACCUUGGCAAACUUGACAUCCACAAGUCUGUGGGCCCUGACAGGAUGUUUACAAAUAUCUUUGAUUGGUUGUGGUGGCCAGAAGAGGUCCCCAAGGACUGGAAGAAAGCAAAUGUCACCCCAUUCUUCAAACAGGGCAAGAAGGAGGACCCACGGAGGUACCAGCCAGUCAGCCUCACCUCAAUCCCUAUAAAGGUGAUGGAGUACCUCAUUCUGGAGGCCAUCUCUAUCCAUAUGGAGGACAAGAAGGUGAUCAGGUAUAGUCAGCAUGGGUUCACUGAAGGUAAGUAAUUUUUGACCAACCUGAUUGCCUUCUAUGAUGAAACAACUACCUGGAUGGAUGAUGGGAAAGCAGUGGAUAUUGUCUACCUGGACUUCAGCAAAGCUUUCAUCACUGUCCCUCACAACAUCCUCAUAGGCAAACUCAGGAAGUGUGGGUUGGAUGAAUGGACAGUGAGGUGGAUUGGGAACUGACUGGCUGGCCUGAGAGCUACUGCAUGAACUACAUCCUGCUUGAUUUGUUCAAAGCUCAGGGCUCCAUUGGAAAUCAUUCUUCUUCCAGGUCACUUGACAGCAUGGGCUGAUAAUCAGACUGUAAUUUGGAAUGUGCAUUCUCCAAAAUCCCACAACACCUAAGAAACCUUGUGGUUCUUUAUUACUAAUUGGUGGAGACAUCACUUUUACCUUAAUAAUCACAUCCAUUGGGAUCUGACAAUGUCCAUCUUCCUUUUUUAUUCCUAAAAAUUGUAUCUUCUGUGCAGGUCCAUUGACCUUACUUUGUUUUAUGGAUAAAAAAAGGACUUUCUGAAGGAUUUGGACUAUUUUCUUCCCUCUCUCAAAAAGUUUUUCUGCUGUAUUGCCACACAUAAUGAUGUCAUCAAUGUAUUGCAGGUUUUCUGGAGCUUCGCCGUGUUCCAGUGCCAUCUGGAUUAGUCCAUGGAAAAUAAUGGGGCUGUAUUUCUACUUCUGGGGAAGUUGAUUCCAAGUGAAAGUGAACUGAGGCCUGCACUCUACUGCCAGAUGGAUUUAGAAAAGCACACUGGCAAUAUCACUUUGUGGCACCACUAGGCUGCCUUUGACUUGUAUUGAAGUUCUAGCAUGUCUGGUAUGGCAGCACUCAGAGACAGCAUGACUUCAUUCAGGCCCCGAUAGCCUACUGUCAGCCUUCAUUCUCUGUUAGACUUUUACACUGGCCAUAUGGGACUAGUAAAGGGAGAUGUGCUCCAGCCCUCAGAUCAUCUUCAUGACCCUCCUCUGGACCUACUCCAACACGUCCAUGUCCUUCUUGUGCUGGGGAUCCCAGACUUGGAUGCAGCACUUCAGCAUUUAGUUUUUCCAAUAAAUCUCUCCCAAGGAGAGGCUUUGACAAAUUGGGUGGAUACAAAAACUGGUUUCCACUUGAGUGGCACUGUGACAGACCCUGCAAUGCAAUCGGAGCCAGAAUCUGUUUGCAAUGUAGCUAUCAGCUUUGAUCGUUGCAAGAUUACCUCAGUGACUUGUAGCUGUGGAAACAAGGACAUAUUUUACUGUGCUCACGUUGUGGCACUCUCUUUAUACCGGAUCCGCAAGCCAGAUCAGGUCAAACUGCAUCUUCCCAUUUCAGAGACACUGUUUCAAAUGAACAGAGACCAACUACAAAAAUUUGUUCAGUAUUUGAUCACAGUGCACCACAGAGAAGUUUUGCCAACUGCUCAGAAAUUAGCAGAUGAAAUUCUUUCUCAGAAUUCAGAAAUCAAUCAAGUCCAUGGUGCUCCUGACCCAACAGCAGGUGCUAGCAUAGAUGAUGAAAACUGCUGGCAUUUGGAUGAGGAACAGGUCCAAGAACAGGUUAAACUCUUCCUCUCCCAGGGUGGAUACCAUGGAUCAGGGAAGCAACUCAAUUUGCUUUUUGCAAAGGUGCGAGAGAUGCUAAAGAUGAGAGAUUCAAAUGGAGCUCGCAUGUUGACAUUGAUAACAGAACAAUUCAUGGCUGACCCUCGUCUAUCACUUUGGACACAACAAGGAACUGCAAUGACUGACAAGUAUAGGCAACUCUGGGAUGAACUGGGUGCUCUGUGGAUGUGUAUAGUCUUAAAUCCCCACUGCAAGUUGGAGCAGAAGGUCAGUUGGCUAACACAGCUGAAAAAAUGGAAUGGUGUGGAUGUUUGUCCCUGGGAAGAUGGAAACCAUGGAAAUGAGCUGCCCAAUUUAACCAAUGCUUUGCCUCCGGGUGCAAAUGCUAACCAAGAUUCAUCAAAUAGGCCACAUCGGACGGUGUUCACUAGAGCCAUAGAGGCAUGCGAACUGCACUGGCAGGACAGCCACUUACAGCACAUUAUCAGCAGUGACAUAUACACCAACUACUGUUACCAUGAACACACUGAAAACUCACUCUUUGACUCUCAAGGGUGGCCCCUCUGGCAUGAACAUGUUCCUACAGCCUGUGCGAGGGUGGAUGCGUUACGAUCUCAUGGAUACCCACAAGAAGCACUGAGGCUAGCAAUAGCUAUUGUUAAUACACUAAGAAGGCAGCAGCAGAAACAGCUGGAAAUGUUCCAGACUCAAAAGACAGAACUUCUUCAAAUAGGAGUAACCUCAAUAACAAAUCUUGAAGGUUGGGUGGGACAUCCUUUGGAUCCAAUUGGCACCCUCUUCAGUAGCCUGAUUGAAGCCUGCAGGGUGGAUGAUGAGAGCUUACAUGGAUUCUCAGACUUCACGGAGAACAUGGGGCAAUGCAAAUCUCUGGAGUACCAGCACCUGCCUGCACACAAGUUUUUAGAAGAAGGGGAAUCUUAUUUAACGCUGGCUGUGGAAGUAGCAUUGAUAGGGCUGGGACAGCAACGAAGAAUGCCAGAUGGCUUGUAUGCACAAGAGAAGGUUUGUCAAAAUGAGGAGCAGCUCAUUUCUAAGCUACAGGAAAUUGAAUUGGAUGAUACUCUGGUGAAGAUUUUUCGAAAACAAGCAGUCUUCCUAUUAGAAGCUGGACCAUAUAGUGGUUUAGGUGAAGUCAUCCAUCGAGACAGCGUUCCGAUGCACACCUUUGCCAAGUAUCUUUUCACCUGUCUCCUACCUCAUGAUGCUGAAUUGGCAUACAAAAGUGCACUCAGAGCCAUGAGGUUGCUAGUAUUGGAAUCUAUGGCUCCUUUAGGAGAUACAUCCCGUCCACACCACAUUGCGUCAGUUGUUCCAAACCGGUAUCCUCGCUGGUUCACCCUAAGUCACAUUGAAUCCCAGCAGUGUGAGCUGGCAUCUACCAUGCUGACAGCAGCCAAAGGUGAUGUUCAGAGGCUGGAAACAGUGUUAGAAUCCAUUCAGAAAAAUAUCCACUCCUCAUCACACAUCUUCAAACUUGCCCAGGAUGCAUUUAAAAUAGCAACGCUCAUGGACACCUUGCCAGACAUCACUCUUCUGAAAGUUUCUCUGGAGUUGGGCCUUCAGGUAAUGCGGAUGACACUGUCAACAUUGAAUUGGCGACGACGGGAAAUGGUGAGGUGGUUGGUAACAUGUGCAACAGAAAUAGGUGUUUAUGCAUUGGAUAGUAUAAUGCAAAACUGGUUUACACUUUUCACUCCAACAGAAGCCACUAGUAUUGUUGCUACAACAGUGAUGUCCAACAGCACCAUUGUCCAUCUGCAUCUGGACUGCCAUCAGCAGGAGAAAUUGGCCAGCAGUGCUAGAACACUUGCUCUACAGUGUGCCAUGAAGGAUCCUCAAAACUGUGCCCUCUCUGCGCUGACUCUGUGUGAAAAGGAUCACAUAGCUUUUGAGACUGCUUACCAAAUUGUACUAGAUGCUGCUACAACCAGCAUGAGCUACUCACAGCUUUUUACUAUAGCACGAUACAUGGAGCACCGUGGUUACCCUAUGCGGGCCUAUAAGCUGGCCACUUUGGCCAUAACACAUCUCAACCUGAGUUACAAUCAGGACACACACCCUGCCAUUAAUGAUGUUCUCUGGGCAUGUGCGCUCAGCCACUCUCUUGGGAAAAAUGAGCUAGCAGCUGUAAUACCUCUGGUGGUCAAAAGUGUCAAGUGUGCAACAGUACUGUCAGAUAUUUUGCGCAGGUGUACUUUGACCACUCCUGGUAUGGUGGGACUCCAUGGAAGGAGGAAUUCUGGUAAGCUCAUGUCACUGGACAAAACCCCUUUAAGACAACUCUUGGAUGCCACGAUUGGAGCUUACAUUAAUACAACUCAUUCACGUCUCACUCAUAUCAGCCCACGACACUAUAGUGAGUUUAUAGAGUUCCUCAGCAAGGCCCGAGAGACCUUCUUAAUGGCUCACGAUGGACACAUACAGUUUACACAGUUUAUUGAUAACCUAAAACAAAUCUACAAAGGCAAAAAGAAACUGAUGAUGUUGGUUCGUGAGCGGUUUGGUUGAUGAAAAUGAGUGAAGGGAGGAGGUGGUUUGUUUUUACUUGAGCCUGCCUUUGUAUGCUUUUGAACUUAAAGAAACAAAGCCACACUGGUAUUAUAUGUGUAUAGUUAUACUGAGUUUGAAAACUAAACUGUCAUGUUGUGAAAGUUUGUGUGUUUAAAUCUUUUUUCCUUUUUUCUGUUUUGUGUGAGAGAGAGGUUAAAAAAAAAGGUUUGUUUUACACUGAGUAUAUGUUGUCAAGUGGCAAAAGCCCACAUCACUCUCCUGUUCUUUCUGUAUAUGUUCACAGCCUCAAAAACAAAACAUAUUGCAAUGGCUUUAAAAAAUCAAACAAAACACCUCCAUCCUGUGAUAAGUACCUCGAAUGGAUUCAGCUUUACUCCUUUGUAACUCAUCGUUAUAUUUCAACAUAUUUAAACAAACCAACAAAUGAAAUACUAGUAGCUAAAAGGCUGACCAUGUGGCUUUGCAGUGCUGUUCAUCCAGAAGCAUGGCACACAAUGCUUGUGCAUGUGGAAACUUAGCGACUGUCAACAUACAUUCUCAGGGAUUUAUCAAAAUAAAUUUUUUAAAGUAUGAGAGCAUUUAUUGUACUGUAUAUAUAUUAUAGUAUAUGUCUGAAUAUUGAAAAAAUCUAACAUUAAUUUAUAAAAAAAUCAAAUUUAUGUAAUGCAAAAUACUUGAAGCUGCAGUAGCUUGGUUUUAAAGAAAAACUAUCUGAAGGACUAAAGUGCGCCUUGUUUCAGGGUUGGCUCAGGUAGUGAACUAUAUGCUGGGCAUCUAUUCGGAGCCAUCUUUUGGAUUGCAUCAUGGUUGGAAUGAUACCUACUGGGGAAGUUUUAAAUAUAUAUAUAUAUAUAUAUGUAUGUAUGUAUGUAUGUAUACACACAUAAACACAUGCUUGUAACAGGCACUAUAGUAAAGAGGGGCAACAAAAAAUACACAGCCAGAGAAGCAAGCCUUAGCAUUAAGAAUUACAGUGUGCUGGAAUUGGGGUUUGUGCCUCCUAGCCUAGGAAACUUAAAGAAAUAUUAUUUUUGACACAAAGUGCAAAAUGAUUGAUGUGAUACAUUAUGCCUUUGCAGUGAGCUAAUACUAAGCUAACCUUUGUGCACAAAUAUGCAUAUAUAUAUAUAUAUAUAUAUAUUCUGCAUAAGUAUUUCGACUUUGUGCAGGACAAAAAGUUGUGUAGGUAUGACUGUUCUACUUUUCUGUUCAUUUUUCUAAUAUAUUUUAUUUUCUCUAGAAUUACUCAAACAAAAGCAGCCUUCUAUCUUGCCUUGUCUUAAUGCUUUAAAUUAACCAAACUGGAGAUCUAACUACCAAACCAUUCAUUAUAUUAUUAAAUACCAACUUUGAUUACAGUAUCGUGUCUUUGCUUUAGCUGAUGGUUCUGUAUCCUUGUGCUUUUUAAAACAGUUUUUGUUUUGGUGCAAAAGUUGUCCAGUGUCUCUUGUUCCCUUCAUUAGAGAACAUGCUAGAGGUAUGUUUGUAGGUAUUUUUGUUUAGAAAAACUAUUUCAUGCUUUCCAUUUUAUUUAUUAUAAUAGGUAAAAAGGUUGUACUUCAUUACCCAUGUAAACAUGCUCAUGAAGUUGAAAUUAAGAUUUGAUACAAUGAUAUCAAUUUAUUUAUGUAACUAAAUCACUGUUUUAUAAACUUGUUACUGAUAACAAAUUUCUUUUUGUUUUGAUUAAA